GUUUGCCAUUAGUGCUCAGGGACGCCGGGCGGGCGCCGGAGCCGUUUCCUCCAUUGCGCGUCCCAGUGGCUCCGCCGUCCCCGUCCCGCGUGGGCAGAGCCCACCGGUGCCCAGGGGAUGUUCUACUGGCAGGGUGGCCGCUGAACGGCUCCCGGGCGGUUUUGGGAGCGGGGGGCCGGUUUUGGGGGGGAGCAGCAGCCCCGGCCAUGCUGGCCGCUCGCUGACGCUGGCCGGGGCGGAUGCGGGAAGCGGGACGUGAGGCCUGGGGGGUGCAGGACUGGACCCACCGCCCCCUCAGCGAGGGGCUAUGAGAGAAGCCGAACCAGCGGGAGCAGAGGAAGAGGAGAUGCCGACCUUCAGCUGCCGAGCGAGCGGGCGGGCGCGGAGCAGCUGCAGCCGCUGCCAGGAGCACCUCUCCCUCCAGAAGGCCGUCAAAGUCCUCUACGGCUUCUCCAUCCUGCUCAUCGUGGCCCUGAGCAUCCUGGCUGCCGUGGUGUUCAAGAAAGUCAACUCCAUCUCCAACGACAUCAGCUCAGCCCAGACCUACUAUGAGAAGAAGAUCAUGUCCAUCCAGGAGGAUCUCCAAGGGUUGGAUGAGAGGACCUCGGGAAACUGCUCCCUGUGCCACGAGACAGGACAGCUGGGCCAGGACAUCACCAAGCUGCAGGGCGAGCUGGAGGAGAUCCAGAAGAUGCUUCUGGUUCAAGAAAUCCUGCUCGAUCGAACUGCCCAGACCCACAACCAACUCUCAUCCACCAGCAACAAGAUCACCAGCGAGGUGGACAACUGCUCCUUCUCCAUCCGGCAGGUCAACGAGAGCUUGAGGCAGCUCUUGGCCCAGGUUGGGGGCUGGCAGGUGGUCACGGCCCAGCUGGACAACUCUCUCAAGGGCUUGGCCCAGGAGCGCUACGAUGUCCAAGCAGCCGUGCAGCAGAUGAACUUCACCCUGGGGCAAACCUCCGACUGGAUCCAGGUCAUCCAGAGGAAGACGGACGAGGAGACGUUGACGCUGCAGAAGAUCGUGACCGAGUGGCAGAACUACACACGGCUCUUGGGCGGGCUGAGGGCCACCUCGUCCAAGACCAGCGAGCUGGUGAAGAGCAUCCAGGGCAGCGCGGGCGCCGUGGCGCGGCAGGUUGGCCAGAACUCGGAGAGCAUGCAUGACCUGGUGCUGCAGGUGAUGGGGCUGCAGCUCCAGCUGGACAACAUCUCCUCCUUCCUGGACGACCACGAGGAGAACAUGAACGACCUGCGCUACCACAACAGGUACACGCAGAACCGCACUGCCGAGCGCUUCGAGACGCUGGAAGGUCGCAUGAGCUCCCAUGAGAUCGAGAUCGGCACCAUCUUCGCCAACAUCAACGCCACCGACAGCCAUGUGCACAGCAUGUUGCGCUACCUGGAUGACGUGCGGCUCUCCUGCACCCUGGGCUUCCACACCCACGCCGAGGAGCUCUACUACCUGAACAAGUCCCUCAGCUUGGUGCAGGGCACCACAGACCUGCUGCGGGAGCGGUACAGCUUGCUCAGCGCCCGGCUGGACUUCGACAUCCGCAACCUGUCCAUGGUGAUGGAGGAGAUGAAGGUGGUGGACGUGCGGCAUGGGGAGAUGCUGAAGAACAUCACCAUCCUACGAGGUGUUCCCGGCCUCCCGGGCCCCCGCGGCCCCAAGGGCGACGUUGGCACCAAGGGCCCCCCUGGACACGAAGGCGAGAAGGGUGAUGUGGGCGGCCUCGGCUCGCCAGGCCCCCCGGGACCCUCUGGCCCCCCAGGACCCCCCGGUCCCCAGGGAGAAAGGGGCCCCCUGGGCCUGAAAGGCUUCCCCGGCCUCAAGGGCGCCAAGGGCAGCUUCGGGCAAUCGGGCUCCCGGGGCCAGGGGGGGCCCAAGGGAGACCCCGGCCCCCCUGGGCCAGUUGGGGUGCCCGGGCCAGCAGGACCCCCCGGCCCCCAGGGCACCCCAGGGCUGCCCGGGACCCCCGGGGCUGUGGGGCAGGUUGGCCCCACAGGGCCCAAGGGAGACCCCGGUUUGCAGGGCCCCCCCGGGCUGCCGGGCCCCCCCGGCCCCCCAGGACAGUAACCCGGCCUGAUGCUGACCAGGGCAGCGGGGACAGGGGGUCCCCAUUGCCACCCCCAGAGUGUCCCCCGUGGGGGUGUGAGGCUGAGCCUCGCAGGACAGGGGGGUGGGGGGUCCCAGUGUCCCCAGUCGAGGGACGGGGCUGGUCCCCGCUCUAAGGUGCUGCCGGCUCCGGGCUCAGCACUGGGGGGUCCCUGUGGGACGGGUGCAGCUGGUUUGUGCCAUUGUCCCCGCUCUGGUCCUCACUAUCCCCCCCAAACCACACGCUGUGUCCCCAGUGUACUCCCAGCACAAUAAAGAUGUUUGGGGACAGGUGG